UGAUUGUUUUCCACGCUCCAUGCCCUAAUCAAUAUGAGAACCCCACACGCUUUAUCGGAGUGUGCCCCCACCGUUUAAAAUAAAUUCACGGCAUGAAAUAGCUGCACUAAACCAAAGACACUGUUUUGUUUUUUGCUGACUAAGUCUCACUACUUCUUUUUCCUUCACUUUCUUGAUUCCAGCUUACACAUUACUUUUCACAAGAAGAACAACAACAGCAAAUCAUGGUCGCUGCCAUUCUCACAAAUACACCUGCCCCUGGUUCGGGCUACAAGUAUGCCCUCGAAGUCAAAGAAUAUACUGCACCUACACCACAGUCAGGUCAGGCCGUUGUCAAGAUUCAGGCUGCUGCCUUUAACCAUCGUGACGUUUGGAUUUUGAAAGGGUUGUACCCGGGUAUCAAGGAAGGCUCUGUUCUUGGCUCUGAUUGUGUUGGUGUCCUUGCUGAGCCCGGAUCGUCGUCGGUGGAAGCUGGCCAACGCGUGUUGAUCUCACCUAGUGUCAACUGGGACUCGGAUCCACGUGGUCCAGAAGGUGCAUUCGGCACAUUGACAGACACAAUCGUUAUUGAUGGCAAGGAGGUGUUCCCUUGUCCCGAUCACCUCUCGACCAGCGAAGCUGCUGCAUUGCCUCUUGCUGGUCUUACUGCUUUCAGAGCGCUGUUUACCAAAGCCGAAGUCCGAAGCGGCGACCAUGUCUUGAUUCCUGGCAUUGGCGGUGGUGUCGCACUGUUUGCUAUGCAAUUCGCCGUUGCAGCUGGUGCGCACGUCUAUGUCACCUCAUCCAGCGAUGAAAAGAUCCAAAAAGCCGUUUCUUUGGGUGCCAAGGGCGGUGUCAACUAUAAAGAUCCGAAUGCUGCCAAGGAGCUCAAGAAACAGUUGAAUGGCAAUAUGCUGUCAGCGGUUGUGGAUGGCUCUGGUGGUGCAUUGUUCGAUCAAUACGUGCGUCUCAUGAGACCCGGUGGUAUCAUUGCCCAGUAUGGCCAGACCGCAAGCCCCAAGGGCGUUUCAUACAGCAUGAUGUCUGUGCUCAAGAACGUGGAUAUCCGCGGCUCCACCAUGGGCUCGCGCGCCGAGUUCAAGCAAAUGUUGGAGUUCGUUAAAAGACACAAGAUUAAGCCGAUUGUCUCGCACGUCUUCCAAGGAUUGACCCAGGAAAGCGUCAACAAGGCUAUUUCUGUUAUGGACAACGGCCAGCAAACGGGUAAAAUUGUCAUCGAAGUGACCGAAACCCCACGUCAAAAGCUCUAAAUUAGUGGAUAUCACGUUGUAUAGUUGUAAUUUGCCAAAGCCCUUAUACUUCAAUAUAUGGAUUAAUUAUUAGCCAUGAUGUCAAGCAUGAAUGUGUUGUGUUUGGCUUUUGCAGCAUAUGGCAAUAGCCAUGAAAGAAAGAGAGGACCCAGCCCAGAAAAUGUUAUGGCACCCUUCCAACUCCCCUAAUGAAGCUUUUCUUGCUCUUCUCUCUCACUCUCUC